AUGGCUGUGCAGCUUCCAUGUUACUUUUUCGAGAAGCAUCAUCUGCCUGGGGAAUGCUAUGGUCGAGCCAAUAUCCUUGAGACUUUGCAUGAUAUCUUGUUGCCACCUGCGGCGGAAUUGACCUCAACGCACGCCUCUCGGUCGUUCGCUCUAUGUGGCCCCGGGCAGAUUGGGAAGACACAAAUUGCGGCGGGGUUUGCCAUGACUCGAAAGGAGGCAUUCGAUGCGGUAUUCUGGAUAAAUGCAGAAAGUGAAAUCAAGCUCACGGCCGACUUUACAUUGAUUGCGGCGCAAAUGGAGUUGACCAACGAGCUCGACCGAGGGAACGCAGUUGACAGUCGAGACCGGCUCCUCCAAUGGGUUAACCGGCCGUCCAGAGAUGGGAGAUGUAUGUCCAACGAAGAUUCGAGGCACAUAGAGGACGUCCCCGAUUGGCUUUUGGUAUUCGACAAUGCAGACAAUCCGGAGCUCCUGGUGUAUUACUGGCCGGGGGUCGAUCUUGGUCACCAGUCGCGACCCAAUGGCCAAGACACAUUUCUUUUCCACAUCGGGGGUGGACCUGGAACUAUUUGA